AAUUUCUUUAAAGCACCUUAGUUUUUUUUUUCUUACCAUGCACACUGUAUCUUAUCCACCGUCUUCUACUUACAAUGCUCCAAGAGAUGUCAGUCUUGGUCCACCAGACAUCAGAUCAUUACUACUCACAGUGGUCAAUACAACACACGACCUCUACAGCAUGGAGUGUCGUGAUCGACCAAAUGUACUUGCCCGUCUAUUAGUCAGUCUUUAUGAACUAGGUGCCGAUAAAGAACGUUUGAGCAAGGCCUAUCUGACCGAAAUAGCUGAUUUGGAAUUACUUCGAUCGUCGGUGUCACCAACUAUCACAAAGACUAAUUGGCAAGAUCAUCUCGGAAAGCAAAACUGUUAUCGUGCAUAUCUCGACUUCUUUGACAAACAAGUCACUCUUAACGGUCUCGAAACAGUUCUCGAAACAUAUUUCUACACCAGUGUAUUACAUCAGUCCAUUGGAUCUCAGCUUCAGCCUCUAGUUCAUAUCGCAUUUGGCUUAGAGCAAAAUCUGUCCCCUGUAGUUGUUCAAGGCCUUGCUUAUUUGGCAAGCACCUUUUGGGAUGUUGGUGAUUUCCUCGACGCAGCCGAAACAGCAGCAGCAGCAGAAGCAGCAGAAGCAGAAGCAGAAAAGAUUAAGGCAGCAGGUGUUGCUGCACGUUCACCUCAACAAGAACGCCCAUUGGACCCAGAAGGACUCCUGUUGGACCUAGUCCUGUCCGACCAGAGAUUCGAUGGCAAGAUUGAAGGCACAAACACGUUUGGAUCGGCUGUACGACUGUUGUUGAAAAGCAAGAGUGAUCUACUGGGAACUUAUGUGACGGAAUGGGCAACCGCUGGACAGCAACUGAAGGCUGAAGAUUGUUCUACUGAUGAUGACAACGAUAAUAAAGGCAAUAAUGGCUCGGGAUCGGGAAAACGCUUGAGUAGCCUGACUCGAUUGGCAGUCCGCCUCAUGGCGACCAGUGCACGAAACACAAGCGGAACGAUUGAGAUGGACGGAUUUCUUGGGGGGCAGCUUCUUGAAUCUGCUCUGGCGAUCCAAACCCUGGCCAACCACCGAUUGGGCGCACAGGACCAUUCAUUAUUCUUCAAUCGUUUAAUUAACCUCCAGUUCCUGGCCAUGUUGUGCACAUAUAUUGUCCAGGGAAGACCUCGGAUUAGCAACAUCAUCAAUACCAUAAACAGCAGCGGUAGUCUUGUCUCUGAUCGUCAGUUGUCGUUGUCAUCGUUGCUAGGAUGGAAGGAGUGCAUGAACAUUGUUGUCCAAUCAGACGAUUCAAAGGCAAUCCUGGCCAUUCGAUCCCUAGCCACGGCCCGUGACAGAUUGGGUCACGACUCCAAGUGUCUCGAAACUGCCAAUCUUAUUGCCAAAUUUGUCCAACAAGGCUCAGGAUGUAGAUGGAUUAAGGGAGGCACUGGUUGGGUAUAAUUAUUGCUCUUAUUUGAUUUUGAUUUUGCUUUUUGCUUUUUUACUCUUAUUCGCUUUGUACAUACACGCAUUACUUUCUCUCUCUCUCUCUCUCUCUCUCUUUUCAUCUACCCAUAUCGCUCCUGUUCCUGUUCUUGUUCUUGUUCUUGUUCUUGUUCUUGUUCUUGCCAUCAUUCUCAUUAUUGUUCUCUCUUUUCAUUACAUCUGUCUACCUCUUUUUUUUUUCUUCUAAAAAAAACAAAAUAAAUACAAUACAAUACAAUAC